AUGAGGAAGGAAGACCAGAGUAAUAGGGUGCACCAGUCGGAGGACCGCGUAGAUUGGCACGGAGGAAGGCACACGGGUCCCCGGCGGGGUGCAAGUCCGAGAAGGCGGGGAAAGAGGGAUGAAACCCGGAGGAGUCCCCCAGCGGAGAACAAGCAACUCGGGGAGAUCAACAUGAUCACCAGGGGGGGCACCGGAGGCCCCACGAUAACCUUUGAAGCAAGAGACGAAGAAGGCAUCCUCCACCCGCAUGAUGACACAUUGGUAGUAACAAUGCAAGUGGCAAACUUCAAAACUCGGAGGAUUCUAGUCGACAACGGCAGCUCGGUAGAUAUCUUGUUCUGGGAAGCCUUUAUGAAGAUGAGAAUCAGCCCGGAUCGACUACGCCUUGCUCCAAUGCAACUCAAGGGCUUCACAGGUGACGUUGUUCAACCAAUGGGAGCUAUCAACCUUUCAAUACUGGCAGGGAAGGCUCCCAGAGCUGUAGCCAUCAUGUCUGACUUCUUGGUUGUCAAGGCUCCAUCCUCAUACAAUGCAUACUGGGGUGCCCCACCUUGA